AUUAGAAAAAUGACUUGACUCACACAUGAGAGAUGUCGUCUUCUAUUCAUCCCACAGAUACUGUUGAUACUGCUCUACUUAUAGAAUCAGAAAAUGGAUCUGAACGUGGUAUGAUCGGUGAGAUGAAGAAUCCAGAUUUUAUGUUUAUUACGAUCAUUGCUCGGAUAUUUAUUGCACUGAUCAAGAGGUUCUGGGCAUUUUCUGGUGCUGCUCUUCUCUCAAUUCUUCUAUUUUAUUGGUUAUAUGGCGGAGUUCUUGCAUUCCUUCUUGUAUGCUUCGGACUGUCUGGUGUACUGUAUAAAGCUGGAGAUCGUCUUCUUUAUCAUCCUGAGCAACCUCCUCACUCUAGAGUCUUUAUACCAACACCUGCACUCUUUAAUAUGCCAUUCGAGAACCUUUUCAUUAAAGCCAGGGAUGGAACACAGUUACACAUGUUCCUGAUAAAACAAGCUGAAGGAACGUAUCACACUGUUCCAACUCUAUUGUUCCUUCACGGGAAUGCAGGAAAUAUUGGACACAGGCUGGGUUAGAUUAUCUUCACACAAGAGCUGACUUGAGCAGAGACAAGAUAAUUGUGUUCGGACGAUCUUUAGGAGGUGCUGUAGCCGUAGAUUUAGCUUCUAGGUCUCAGAAUAAGGAGAGAAUUGGUGCUGUUCUUUUAGAAAAUACAUUUACCUCAAUACCUGAUAUUGCCAGGAUUAUUUUUCCAUUUAAAAUAAUCAAAUUUAUUCCAGUUUGGUUUUACAAGAAUCAAUUUAAGUCUGGUAAAAAGAUCUGCAGAUUAACUCAACCUACACUAUUCAUCUCGGGUUUAGCGGAUAAGUUAAUCCCUCCGAAAAUGAUGACGUCCUUGUAUUCUGGUUGCGGUGCUCCCAUUAAACGUUUAGCCCGGUUUCCUGACGGGAACCAUAAUGAAACCUGGUCUUGUUCUCAGUACUAUCAAACCAUCAACUACUUCCUAGACGAGGCUGUAUAUCUGCACAGUGAGCCAGGCAGGAAAAGAACUGAUUCUCCAACCUCCCUUGUGGCAGCUUCGAAUAUUCAUAACGUCUAGUUUAUUAGUUUCCUGUCAUGAUUUUUAUAAUAUGAAUAAUAGGGUACCGAUGUAAAUCAGACAUUCCCAUCUUUGCAUGGAGGAUCACUUCAAAUUACACAUACAGUCUUGUUAAGUCGCAGGUGCUAGCCAAAUAAACCUGCAAACUUGAAUCUUGAAAUUUUUUAGUUAGAUUUUUUUUAUAAAAUUUGUGUUUGAAAUUUAUUUGUAUUUGUGUGGUUAAGGGUGACACAUUAAGGGGGUCAAAUGAACAAAAUAAUUGGGUGCUCUGAAGUCAGAUUUUGCAUUGUGAAUCUUGGGAUCUUAUGCAGAUCUACAGAUUAAUUUCAUUCCUCUUCUAUACCCCGUGAUGGGCAUACCCUGCAGGGAUAAUAUCAAUCGAAAAAUCAAGCGAUGAUCCUCAAAUUUAAAAGUUGAUAAGAGGCACUUUAAAAAUCAGAUUUUGCAUUAAGUUUAAGCCUUGUAUAUUGGCAGUUAUUUUUUACUAAUUCUAAACAUUAGCUGUAGAAAUAUACUUUAAUUUUUAGAGGGUUCUUGUGUCACUUAAUAGUUAAUAUUGUGUUUUGUAUUAAUAGUUUAAAUGCUACUCCACCUGUGAUUAAGUUUGAAAAUAUGAUAUAUUUAUUUUACCUGUCACUAAAAUAUUCUUGUUAUAGGAUCUACUGUAACUUUAAUAAAUUACUGAACUAUUUUU